AUGGAAAGAGGAUCCUAUUCAAAACUAGACCAGAUUGAUCAAAUAGAAAUAGAGCUGAACGAGCAUGUACCUGCAGUUUCGCUGGUCGAGCCAAGCGAACAAAGUGAUUUUGAUGGUGCGCAGAACAAACGAAUAGAUUACGUACUUGUUCAUGAAAUCACGAAGGACACUAAAGAGUUGGGUGAGGAGGCAGCCAAAGCGAUCAGAAAGUUUGAACGCUGGAGAUAUUCCUUUGAAAGAUCCCUUGAAAAUAAGCUUGGGUUAAUUUUACAACGCAAGAUCGUCGACGUUGAAGACGUAGGUGUACGGGUGAUGCUUGUUUGGUAAAUUUUUGUUCAACAACUGCAAGUUCAGUGUGGGUCGUGUAGUGCUAAUUAAGAGUUCCUUCAGUUAAUAUAUACCUGGGAACUCCUAUAUAUAAUCUGUUCCAAGCGUCCAGAUCGCGCAAAGAGAUGUGAACAGAAACUACUGUCUGAACGCCUGGAACAGGCUAUAGGAACUCCUCCUGUGCACUACUGAAUAAAAUUAGUGUAAAUUAGGCUUUGGAAAGCAUCACCUUUUGUUUGAAGUGAAUAAUAACAGCUUAUAAUCACUAUUAAUAAAUUGAUCAUCUUUUAAUUUCUAGAAUAGCAUUCGCAGCAAAGAUUUAAAUUCCAGUCAUUGAGCGGCAAACCUUCUUCGACCAUUUUAGAUAAUAUAAACAAAGCAACUGAAAUAACAGCUGACAUUUUGUUCCCUCCCCAUACAAUCAGUAAGAAUGUUCUUUUUUUAAAUAAAAGCACUACGGAUAUGAUACUGGUUCUUUGCUGUUACUGCAUAUAUGACAAAGUGAUGAAAGUAUACUAAUAGUAGUAUUAGAGAAAAACAUUAUUCUACCUUGACCUACAGUAUGGUGUUAAGUUAAGAUUUUUUUGUUUCUCCAUGUUUGCUUUGUUUCCCAAAUUUGGCGCCACAGCUCGUCACCAGGAUCUCUGACCUUUUCUUACAUCGGAAACCGGGCUGAAAUUUCUCAUAUGAACCCAAGGCGAAAUUCGUCUCGAUAAGCGGGUCAUUCCGGUCAACCAGGCUCAUGUCAAGAGGCCCUUAGUAGUCUUGUUUGUGCAACUGUCAAUUUUUUCUUGAUCUCUUGUUAUAGGAGCCGGAAAAAGAACGCCAUUUUACUCUGAUACAUGCCCCAUGGGAAGUCCUGGUACAUAGCGCUGAGGAGAUGAAGCUGAAAGUUCCCAUCCAAGUAAAUGACGUGGUUUUUUCAACUUGGCUAGAAGAACUUAUCGGCUUCAACAGGUAUGAAAAGCUAAUAAGAAAGAAUCCAUUUGCAGUACGUGAUGCUUCUAUUAAAGAAAAGCCAAGUUUCUUCAUGGCCCAAUUCAUGGCGGACCACCUUCAAGAGUUUGUGAAUCACGAGGACAAGGAGAACUUUUUCAACGCUAUGGAUCGAUUUUAUAUAGUACAGCAACUGCUUCAUUUUGCCCGCUUUGCAAGGGGGCCUGAUGGAGUUGGGCUGCAGAAACUCCUCCUUGAAGGGGUCUAUAUCGCUGGGUUUCCACCACAUGAUGGACCAGAGACAACUGAGGGAGACAAAGCACGUGCACCAGAGAACGAUCGACUGCGAUUGAAGAAAGACUGGGCAAGCUUUGGAAGAAGCUUUAAGUACCAACCCUAUGAAGCUAUUAAAGAUUACUUCGGGCACGAAGUAGGUCUUUACUUCUCUUGGCUUGGUUUCUACACAGCUAUGUUGGUUCCCCUCGCCAUUUUGGGUUUUCUUAUCUUUAUUUAUGGAAUUGCAACAGCUGAUUCGCACAUCCCCGUCCGUGAUCUUUGCAGUGAAAAGAAUAGAGGUCGCUGGUAUAUGUGUCCCCUGUGUGACAAACAGUGUAGCUUCCGUAAUUUGGCACCUGACACCUGUCUUUACGCUUACGUCACUCAUUUCUUUGAUAAUGAUGGGACUGUGUUUCUGGCGUUUGCGGCUUCUAUCUGGGCAACGCUCUUUCUCGAAUUCUGGAAACGACGGCAAGCAGAUCUUGCGUUAAAAUGGCACGCGAAGGAUCUCGACAAAGGAGAAGAGCCACUUCGCCCUGAAUAUAAGAAGAAUUUACCAGAAGAGCACUUGUCCUUGUUUAGAAAAAACCCCGAUACUGGAAGAAUACAACCGGUGACUUCCCGGCUCAAAACGUACCAUCGAUACGGCACCGUCUUUGCUGUUGUUGGAUUUAUGAUUCUCUUGGUUCUUGGAGCUGUCAUUGGUGUUAUAGUAUACCGUGCCGCCGUGUUUGCUGUCUUAAGCAGCAACCGUGACAGCAACAUUAAAAAACAAGCUCGUCACAUUACAACGGUAUCAGCAGGCAUUCUAAAUCUUAUUGCAAUCAUGCUGUUGACUAAGGUCUACAUUAAGCUAGCAACCUGGCUGACAGAUUGGGAAAACCCGCCAACGGAGUCCGCUUAUAAGGACAGCUUCACGUGGAAGAUGUCGUUGUUCCAAUUUGUCAACAACUAUUCCGCCAUAUUUUAUAUCGCAUUCUUUAAAUCUGAGCUGAUCGUGGGCACGCCAGGAAGAUACAGAAGAAUUCUGGGAAAGUAUCGACUAGACGGCUGCAGUGAACAGGGGUGCUUUCUGGAACUUACCAUUCAACUUUUUAUCAUAAUGGUGGGGAAACAGAUUUUCUUCAACAUCUUUGAAUUAGCAAUGCCGUAAGUACGGAAAAUCCAUUUAUAGCGAAAUUCGUUGUAUCGGGCUGUGCGUUUUGCAACUCUUGGGUUUUUCCAGGAGCCCAUAAGCGGGAGCGUCUAACUUCCAUACUGAGCCUAUGGAACGGCGUUUUCACAAGAAGGUUUAUUUUUAGAUAAGCUUUUCCCGCGGACCUCGUCAUCAAUGACUAGGAAACACACAUUGAAAAAACAUUUCUUCAGAGGAGUCUUCUGACAGUACUUCAAACGACAAUUUCAGUUUUAAAAACUAGCAGUUCAUGGUUUGUGACGUCUAUUUCACGCAAAGGAAUUAACUCGAAAUUCUUCGAAAUAGCCGAUUUUCAAGAUCAACAGGCUAAACGACGAUCAAAUGCAGGAAUUGACCUCGUGGAACAGUUAUUUUUUGUUGGAAAAGCUUAUCUAAAAAUAAACUCACUUGCAAAAACGCCGUUGCACGAAUUUAGGGCAGUUGAAGGCUCCGGAUUAUGGGCUCCUGGUUUUUCUGUACCGUCAAUCAUCUUAGGGGACCUCUUAGGAAACACAUGUUUACUUGCAAGAGUUCAAAAGAUCAUGGUUUGUGAUUUAUGGUUAGUAGAUUUCGAUCAGCCAAGCUGGACGAGAAUUACAUUGUGAAAUGCAUUAAUCCCACCCUCUUUAAAAUGAUUGACGGAACAGAAAAACGCAAAAUUCCUUCUAAAUUUGCAUUACAACGAUACAACGAAUUUCGCUGUAAUUUUACUCAGUGCAAAGUAAAAAACACGUUGGAGUACAAUUUAUAGUAUUUUCGAUUUCACUCAGCUGGAAAUUUGUUUAUUUCAUGCUUUACAUUCAGUCACCAUCUGGCUGUAUUUUGUAGAAGUUUACGUACUGAAAUAUAACACGAAUUAGUAAUAUUAAGUGCUUUUCAGAAUACAAAAAAUAAAAACGUAACAUAACAUAGCAUAAUAUAAAAAAAGUUUUCAGAUCAUAGCGUUGUGAAAAUUUUUGAAAAUGAGAAUCACUUUAAACAAAAAACAAAACAGGACCCACCCAUGAACAACAUUAUGAGCGCUUAAGUUCCCUGCUUUAAUAUUUCCGCUAAGGCUUAAAAAUUUUAGAAUCGGUUGCUUCUUUUCUAAUACUUGUGUGUAACAUUUCAACAGGUUCUUUAAGCUGCUAAAAAAUCGCCGCAAGAAAAACAGUCCAGAAAAUGCUCCUCAGUAUGAAAAAGACUUUGAUCUGACGGCUUGUGAAAAGCAUUAUAUGUUUUGGGAGUACUUAGAAGUAGGUAAGUACACUGAUAAUGUCGCCUAAAUGAGAGUCUGAGUGGGGGUACCUCGAUAACACUUAACACUUAGUAACACGAAACAGUUAAAUUUUAGGCGUUUCAACACUAACGCUAAAAAAAUUCCGCCUUUGAAACAGUAAUUUUUUUCCAGAAAGAAGCAAAACCGGCUCCAAAAAGGCCAAUAUCAUUUUGUUUAGUAUAACAAGGAGUUUUCGGCCAUCUUACGACAAUUUCGGAUUAUUUCAGAAUAUUUCCGAAGGCUACCGUCGAUUUCCCAAGACUGUCAAAGAUUUUCGAAGACUAACGAAGAGGUCCGACCAUUACCGAAGAUGUCAGAAGAGUCCUCCAAAUACUUGUACACCAUUACGUUUAUCUGCUAGCCAACCUCGGUUUAACGAAUAGUCUUACUAGAUUAUGAUACUUAUUACUCCUAAAGAAUAGACAUAAACUGAAUAUCAUACGUUCAAAUUCCAAUUUAUUUCCAGUCCUUCAUUAUGGAUUUGUGACCAUGUUCGUUGCUGCAUUUCCCCUCGGCCCUCUAUUUGCACUUAUAAAUGCCAUCAUUGAAAUCCGCUUAGACGCCAUAAAGUUCCUCUGCUACUUUCGACGUCCUGAUGUUGCUCGCGUGGCUGAUAUAGGAGCGUGGUACGGCGUGCUUGAGGCAUUGACGAGGGCGUCGGUGCUUGUCAACGCUUUCCUGUUGGCUUUUACUUCCGGAUUCAUUCCUAAACUUCUUUACAGGGUAGUGUACGCAAGUGAUCACCAUUCAAGUUGGGGUGGUUCGCUUAAAGGAUACGUCAACUCUUCUUUGGCAGUUAUAGACUUGAAAACUCUCUAUAGGUGGGAGAGUGGUACUCAGCCAGAACAUCCCGUGGAGAACUUGAACUACACAAGAGACUACUGCAGGUAAUAAAUUCUUGUUUUUGAACAUGGUAAUUUUUGUUUGUAAAGAACUGCAUGCAGCUGAGCAAUCAGGUACCUCGCAGAAAUACAAAAACUUUUAAUUUCUUUUAUUUCCUUUAAAUUAUAAAAGAGCUUUCGCGGAUCAUUCCUAACCCGUAUACAAUUGAGCUAAUCAUCCCAGCUUGUGUUCGAUUGGUCCUCGGGCUUCGAAUCCCAUCUGCAAUAGCCUAAUUUCCACUUUCAUAUUCGUUAUUUAUUUCAUCCUGAAAGUGUCUAUUUUUCUAAUUCAUUUGGUAAGAAGACACUUUUUAUAGCUUUUUUUUAAAAUGAUAACAGAUGGCGUGUAACAGCCCCUUUGACUGAAAUAAAUAUUCUUUCACAUUAAAGGAGUUUCUUUUCCUCUUAGUCAGUUAUGUGUCAGGGUCCGAAAUUAACUAUGGACGUUUUUAUGCUCUUAAAUAGGUAUCCUGGUACGUUAUAAAGCUUUGAAACGUAGGAACAGAACCUAUCCAUAUCAAAACUUUAUUUUUUUUUCCGAUAACUACCACGAAACACCAAGCAGUACUGGCACCUCGUACCAGUCGCCGCCCGUCUCGUUCAACUUUUUGAUGUUUUGUGUUCCAGUUCGUAGUGUUCACGGUCACUAG